GAUCUUAUCCUGUCUUUUCUCGUACUUCAAUCUCUCUUUCUCUAUCUCGAUCCUGUCGUGUUCGUACUUGAUACCUGAAGUCCGCUAAUGUGUAAAAUCGAAGACCGCGAAGAUCCUCGUCCUUAUUACUUCUACUCCAUAUCGGAGCCAGUGGAAGUAGAAGAAGAAGAGGAGGAGGAGUCCGAGUCCGAUGGUGAGUUUGUCGCCGAUCUGGAGCCUGGUCAUCAACUAAACCCAUUAACUCUAGAGAUGUCUCUUGAAAAGUUUGAAGAAAGUAUUUGGAAUGCAAUAGAAUACGUCAAGGACACGGAAGGACUUGGUCGUUCCUGUGCUGAUCUUCUAGAAUAUGUUGAAAGUAUUUAUGAGUGCUUUUAUAAGAUUGAUAAAAGGUGGAAGGAAGUUGGUGAUUCUAAAGGAUUCUCCCUACAACCUUCUACACUUGGAGAAUUAACAUUUGACGAACUGCAAAGUUUUACCCUAGAUCUACUAAAAAAGGAGGUAGAUGAUUACUAUAAUGCUCUUUGCGAUUUUGUGAAGCCUUUUCCGCUUUCGCCUGAUAGGGAGAAAGAACUCGAGAAGUUGAGGCGUGCUAUAAAUCAUCAUGGUAUCCAGUUGGGACCUGCUUCUUACGAGACUACUGAACCCGAUGAGGACGAGUGACAAAGGUGAUGAUGAUGCCGACGACGAGGAUGAUGCAUAUAAUCUAACGUUCAUAUAUGAAAAGUUAAGUUGAAUGCUAAAUAUCCUUAAACCUAAUUUACUUGUUCGUGUUAUUAAGUUCGAAUGCUACCUAUGUUAAUGCAGCUAGACCUUUAUUUAUUGCUGUUAUAAUUAUAUUGUAAUGCUAAAUAUUUGGAUCUUUAUUUAUUAGUGUGUCGUGAUUGAUUAUUGAAAAAUUGUUUGU